GGUUACCUAGGCUGGAUCUGUCAGCCAUCACGUGCAUCACCCUAAUCUGAUGAUGUUAUUUAAUAAAUGUCUAUAGAUCUUACCCUUACUUAACGUCUCGUCUUGUAGCUCUCUUCAUUUCUAUGUAUGCAACACCAAGACCUCUCCUCCUUUGGACGUAUGCAACCCCAGCCUGACCCAGUCUUAUCUUCCUGCGCCUCUCGUCGUUGUUCCUCAAGAGCUAGCCGGAUCCCGAAGCAGAUCUUCCAGUGGUCGUAGUGGAUAGUGUGAAAUUGAUUGCACAUCAGAUACAUCAUACAUGGAUCAUGAGGUUCUGGAGCAUAUACUUGAUGGAAGGGAAAAUCCGACAAAUCUAUCACUCUCACUUUUGAAGUAUAUCACCGAAAAUUUCUCAGAGGAUCGAGAAAUCGGCCAUGGUGGAUUUGCAACUGUUUAUAAGGGAGUGCUCCGAAAUGGGAACGUUGCGGUAAAGAGGAUAAAGAGCAGUCAUUCAAUCAAGGAAACGUUGUUUUAUCGUGAAGUUGACAGCCUGUUGAACAUUGAACACGAAAAUGUUGUACGGUUUCUUGGCUUCUGUGCUAGUACAGAUCAGAUAGCAAUACAAAUUGAAGGAUUGAAAGAGCGUAUUUACGCUGAGGUACGAGAAAGAUUACUCUGUUUUGAGUAUAUCAGCAACGGAAGCCUGAGAAAAUAUAUCACGGAUGAAUUACGGGGACUUGAAUGGAACACACGUUAUGAAAUUAUUAGAGGCAUUUGUGAAGGUCUGUAUCAUCUGCACAAAGAAAAGCAAAUAUUUCACAUGGAUAUGAAACCUGAUAAUAUACUACUUGACAAUGAUAUGGUGCCGAAAAUCACCGAUUUUGGUUUAUCGAGACUUGAUGAAAUGACGCAAACCAUGAGUAAAGACCAUCUUGGAUCACUAGGAUAUUGUGCACCUGAAUACCAGAGCCACGGAAAGAUGUCUUUCAAAUCAGACAUGUACGGUUUAGGCGUUAUAAUUAUUGAACUAGUGACUGGACAAAAGGCGCUCCCCAUUAGCAAUAACAAGGUACUCAGGAGAUGGAGACACAGAUGGAGGAAAACAGGGAAGGAAACAGAGUUGGUUUACCAGCAAGUAGCAAAAUGCAUCGAAAUUGGGUUACUCUGCCAGGAAAUUGACCCGUCCGAACGACCUUUUAUAUGGGAUAUCAUAGAUGAUAUCAGACAAGCGGAAGGUGUCAAUGGGUCAAUCAGAAAUGACUCUGAAUAUAAGUUUGGACAAGCAAGCUCGUAUGCUCCCUUAGAGGCCAAGGCAUCGAGAGAUCAUACCAGUGAGUUCACUGUUUGGAGCACCAAAGUGAAUGAUAGCUUUGUCAUUGAGGAUAUGGCUACAAACAAGUUCAUUAAAGAGGCAGUCAAUGUGGUUGAUGAGGUGAAUUUGGAUGUGGUUUUUGAUGCCAGUGAGCCACAAGAGGCAGUCAAUUUUGUUGAUGAGGUGAAUUCGGAUGUGCUUUCUGACGCCAGUGAGCCACCAGAGGCGGUCGAUUUCAUGUAUGAGGAUUAUAACGGGUCACGAAUUUGGUGAUGUUCAGAUUUGGAACUGUGAGACACAGCAGGCAAGUUACCUCUAUUGCUUCUUCUGCUAGUAUUUUGGAUAAAGAAAGAAAAUCAUGGCCGCUUGCCCUUUGCAUCAAAAAGAUGCUCGGGGCCCAAGUAUUUAUAGUUCGUAAGUACAUAUACAGAUUAUGUUGAUUUCCAGAUAUAGGAGGAAAAGUCUAUGCUUGGUGAUGGUGGAUGGGAGCUGUAUCAUAAUGUUGAAGUUUUUGCCCACAGCCUAGAAAACACCACACCAUAUUGGCAAAUGUUUUUGCCCACUUUUUCCCGUCAUAGUAUUUCAAUUAAAUUGCCAAGAUUAAAUGUAAAGGGUCAUCAACAAAAGCUCAACUUUUGUUGGUAAAUAUACCAAUCUUUUGUUUACAUUGGACCAACAAAUGACUCAUUUAUGUUUACUGGCAGAAAGUGAUCGCUUCGAUUAAGGUCUCAGAGAAAAUAGUAUCCAAUGUUAAAUUUAUUGCACGAAAGCAGUGGCUUGUGGCUGCGUCACGUGAUUGUUUAGUCCAUGUGUACAAGUAUGGAAAGGAAUUGGAAAAGGUCACGAGUUUGAGAACUCACGAUUAUGACAGUGCCCCGUGUUCAUUAGACGUUCAUCCAACCCAGCCGUAUGUGCUGUCAGGAUGUUAUGCGCAAAUAAAGCUCUGGGAUUGGGACCAGGACUGGAACUGCAUACAGACAUUUGAAGAACACUCAGAUGAUAUUAAUGAACUAAAAUUUAACCCAGAGGACACCAACAGUUUUGCAAGUGCUUCAGAUGAUUUUACAGUAAAGGUUUGGAGUCUUGAUUCUCUCAAAUCCAAGUAUACUCUCUCUGGGCAUUUGGAAACCGUGUACUGCCUCGAUUUCUUCACACGUGAUGGUCAACAGUAUUUGAUUAGUGGCUCUUUUGAUGGCACUGCCAAGAUAUGGGACUUGCAAAAGGAGGAGUUUGUUCAUACACUCGAACAUGAGUCUAUAGUCUAUUCGGUCUUUGCCCAUCCCAGUCUUCCAGUUCUAUUUACAGGUGAUGGUGAUGGUGCUGUUCGUGUGUGGAGCUCCACUGAUUUCAGGCUGAAGAAAAAGCUUGAGGUCGAUUUGCCGGUUCGUGGUUUCGCAUGUUUGACGCGGUCAGAAGGGGUCGCAGUUUCACACUUUUAUGGAGUGUCGGUGAUGAAAAUUGGUGAUGAAGAAGCACAAGGUGGUAGCGAAGGCAACAACGAGAAUUCCGUAUCAGAUAUAGAGUAUUGAAAUAUCGAACGCCAAUCGAGAAAACUGCUAGUACGUUCCACGAUCCCAAAAUUUGAACGAUUGACAGGAGAUGAAUGGCAGCUGUCCAAGCAGAGCUGAAGCAGGUGGCAACCAUAUGUGUGCAGAAGAUAACGAUUUUAUGAAGAUUAGUUUUUGUUGUUCUUGAAGAAAUUGCACUUCCGUCUGUACGUGCGUGAUGACUGGUGACUAAAGCACAUAUAAACGUGUAAACUAAAAAUCUCAAUUAUGCUAACAGGGGCAUAAUGAAUUUCUAGAUCCGGAAACUUGAACAACUGAUCGGAGAUGAACAGUACCUGUCAGCUAGUACGUCUAAGAAGUCUAUGCUAGCACGUCAACUCUCUAGCAGGUGGCAACAGCUUUGUGUGCAGAAGCUGCUGAUUUCACCAAGAUAACUUUUUCUUGUCCGAGGAGAUUGCACCUGCGUGCGUCACGACUGGUGACUGGAACGCAUAUAAACGUGUAAAUUAACAAUCGCAUUGCUCAAGAUCCAUUCGUACUACCAUAAUAAUUGACUGAUAGAUUGCACGUGAACUA